UGUUGCUAUAAAAGUGGGUCCACACCCAGCUGACUAGCAGACGCUACCAUGGCUGAGUUUGGUCAGGAACCCAAACCUGGAGACCUGAUUGAGAUUUUCCGCUUUGGCUACGAGCACUGGGCCAUUUAUGUGGGAAACGGUUAUGUGAUCCACCUGGCUCCUCCAAGUGAGUACCCAGGGGCCGGCUCCAGCAGCAUCUUCUCCGUUCUGAGCAGCAAGGCGGAGGUGAAAUGGGAGAGCCUGAAGGAUGUGGUGGGGGACUGCCGCUAUAGGGUCAACAACCUCUUGGACGACAAGUACAGACCACUACCUGUGAACCACAUCAUUUACUCUGCGAAGGCAAAGGUUGGUCAGGAGAUGGAAUACAGUCUUGUGUGGAAGAACUGUGAGCACUUUGUCACCAACCUGAGAUAUGGUGAGGCCGAGAGCAGGCAGGUCAGAGAUGCAGCUACGAUAAUUUCCGUCGGGGGAGCAGCCGUUGCAGCCCUUGCUGCCUUGGCAUUCAUGGCAUCACGAAACAGGAAGCAGAAGCAAAAAGUUGAAGGUCCUGACCCAUCGGCGGGGACGUUAUCCACUGAGCGGGUCUGGUUGUGCCAGAGGUUUUGAAGUUGGGUUUGUGGGUUUCAUUCUGUUUUAGAGUGAGGCUUAUUUUUACAGAAUAAAAUAAAGCCCAGCAA